AUGUAUAAACCUCUUGCUCGUUUACGACCAGAAAAAUUCGAUGAUGCGGCUAUUCAAAAACAGAUAUUACUAAUUCAAGAAAUUUGUGGAGAUAUUAAUCUUGAUAUAAUUGCUAUGGUCUUUCAUGAAUGUGAUUAUAAUAUACAAAAUACAAUUACACGAAUAAAAGCAGGCGAUUUUGAAGAUGGUGGUUGGCAAACAGCAAAAUCAAAUAAUAAAAAGAAAAAUAAUAAUAAUAAUUUAACUGAUCAAAUUUUAAAUGGUAAUAAUAUACAAAGUGAUAGUGAACGUUCUUUAUCUCAACAUACAUCUCCUACACCAUCACAUCGUGAAAAUAAUAAACGACAACAUCAACAAAAUCAUUAUUCAUUAUCAUUACGUACAAAUCAUGGACGACGUAGAAAUGAUUCCGGUCGAAAUCAAUUUAAUUCAUCAAAUUUACAUCGUAAUUAUUCAAAUAAUAAUAAAUCAUUAUCAAAUAAACAAAAUUCAAAUGAAAUAAUAUCAAAAAUAAAUGAAAAUUCAAUACCAUUAUCAUCAUCAAUUGAUGAUGAUGUUUUUAUUCUUGAUAAUACACAAACAUUAACAUGUAAAAAAUCAUCUAUUAAACGUUCAAUACCACCAUCAUCCAUUCCUCAGGUACCUGUAUUAAUGCAUUCAAUAAUACAAUAUUCAACAGAACCAAUUGAUAUACAAUUUGGUGAUAUACAAUGGAAUGAUUCUAUACCAAUUGUUGUUUCUCCGUCCAUGAAUUCUCAAUCAUUAUCAACAAUAACAAAUAUAAAUAAUAAUGAACAACAAACAAUUAAUGAAAAUAAUUUAUCAUUAAAUUAUGAAACAACUAAUAAUAUUGAUAGAGAUUUACGACUUUCAUCAUGUUCAAUAUCAUCAUCAUCAUCAUUACCAAUAACGGAUAUGAUUAUAACAAAUAAUCCAACAAUUGUAUCUGUAGAAGAAACUUCUCAUCUAUCUGAUCAUUUAACUGAUUCAUUACAAAAACAACAAACAACUACAUCUUCAUCAUCUCUUGUUGAUACAACAGAUUUACCAUUAAUAUCAACAUCUCAUAAUAAUAAUUCACUUAUAUCAAAUAAUUUUCAACAAUCAUUAUCUAAUACAAGUAAUGGGCCCGAUAGUAAUUCAUCUGCUUUUACACCAUAUAAUACACUUGGCACAUAUCCAUCAUUACCAAGAGAUUAUCCUCAAGCAACAUCAACAUGGAAUCAACAACCAACAAAUUAUAAAACAACUCCAAAAGUAACAAUACUUCAACCAGGAAAUUAUUCUCAACAACCAUCGUAUCAAAUACCACCUCAACAACAAUUCUUUGUUGGAGCUUAUCCUUAUCAUCCGUCUGCAAUCUAUCCAUUCCUAACACAAGUUGAUUCAUGGUCAACUACUGGAUUUGAAACUUAUCCAACAUAUCCAACAACUAAUUAUAUGCCAACAUAUACUACUCAACAAUCAUAUCAUCCUGUAACUAUUCAAUCUAAUAAAUAUGAUCGAUCAUCAUAUGAUAAAGAUUUUUUUACACAUUAUGGACAAACUCGUUUAUCAAAUAAUGAUUUAUUAAAUUCAUCUCAAACAACACCAAAAGAUACUACGCCUACAACAAGUAAAUUAUCAGCAAAUGCAGCUUCAUUUUCUCAGGGAGCUCCAUUAACAACAGCUAAUCCAACAACAGCAUAUUAUUUCAAUCCGGUUUUAUAUACAUUACCAACUUAUUAUACAUCACAUCAUGAUCGAUCUAUGACUUAUUCUUCAAUUGAUAGUCGUGAUAAUCGAAAUGGUGCUUCAUAUGCUGGUAAUAAUAAUCGAAAUCAUCAUUAUCAUCAACAACGUACACAUAAUAAUUCGACUUGGCAUUCACAACAGUAA